GCUUACUUCCUCUCUAGCCUGUCGCGCGACACCGGCUAGCAUGGUAGCGCGAUGCGUUUAGCUUCGUUGCAUUAAUAAUGUUUUAACGGAGCACUAGUCGGUGCAGCAAGCAAACACAGCUUAUAACCGCACUGUAAGGAAGGUUGUACAUUUAAGGAAUAAAUUCAACUAAAAUUCAACCAAGAAUAGCCGCAUCUAAGUAUAAUCCAAGCAGUAUGGAAGAGCAAGCAAGCAAUACCAUAGAGGUGACUGUAAAAACCCUGGACUCUCAGAGCAGGAGUUACACAGUGCAAGCGCAGAUGACCGUCAAAGAAUUCAAAGAGCACAUAUCAUCCUCAGUUGGAAUUCCUGUUGACAAACAAAGACUCAUUUACCAGGGCAGAGUGCUUCAAGAUGAGAAAACCCUUACGGAGUACAAUGUAGACGGGAAAGUUAUUCACCUGGUGGAGCGUGCCCCACCUCAGACCUCUCAGCAGGGUGCUGGCUCUGGUGGUGUACCAGGUUCCACUGGUGGGACACAGGGAGGAAAUCAGAACCCCAACUCUACUGGUUCUCAGGGGACCCCCCUUGGACCCACGCAUGACCGCAAUGCUAACAGCUACGUUAUGCUGGGUACUUUUAAUGUUCCAGUUAACAUUAUGGACCCUCAGCAAAUACAGAUGUCCAUUCAGCAGAUGAUGUCAGGCUUGGGAGAAAGUGGGAGGAACCCACGAGUCAGCACAAGUACAGGGACCAAUGGCUCUGUGAAUGUUCAGAUAGAUUUGGAUCAGUCAUUGCAGAGUGAACCCCGACUGCGUCUGCUGCUGGCUGAGAACUUGUUGAGGGACACCAACGCUUUGAUCCAGAUACUUGAGGGUCAGCCUGCGGAUGGCUCCUCUUCCCAGGACUCUGCACCUCCACCCACCUCCUCCACUUCUACUCCAUCUCCUUCUGCACAGCCCAUGGACACGUCUCCUCCUCCUACCAGCACCUCACCAUCAUCAUCAUCCUCCUCCACUCAGACUGAGGGUGCUCCACCCCCUCCAGCAGGCCUCAGUCACCCAAGCCCAGCUGAGAUGCUGGAGAUGUUGACAGAGCUACGGAGGGUGGAGGAGAGACUUCAGCCCUUUAUUCAGAGAGCUCACCUCAUUCUAGAGGCGGCUACAACUGCAGACUACAACAACAAUACCGAGGAGAGGGAUGAGGACCAGCGCAUUCUGAACCUGGUUGGGGAAGCUCUUCGUCUCUUGGGAAAUGCCCUGGUUGCCCUGAGCGACUUGCGCUGUAAUCUCUUGAGCACCCCUCCCCGACACCUGCAUGUUAUUCGGCCCAUGUCCCACUACACAUCCUCUGUCUUGACCCCAGCAGGCAUGCAUCACAUCCCCAUGCAGUUGAAUCUUGGUACUACUGUUACCAUGUCAAACAAUGGCAGACCAGCUGAUGGUCAACCUCAAUCCACUGGCCAGUCAGAUCAGCAAGGUCAGGGACAGACACCUGGCAGUCAGCCUGGUUCAGCCAAUCAGCCGGGUGGACAGCCAGGACCCAGAGUAAUCCGGAUCAGUCAUCAAAACAUGGAGCCUAUGGUGAUGAUGCAAAUGAACAUUGAUGACUCUGGAAACACUGCUCAGGCUAAUGGACAGCAGAAUGCUGCCGGCACUGGACAACCUGGUGCCCCCCCUACUGUCCAGAUUCCAGGUUUACCUCCAGAAUUCAUGCAGGCCAUUGUGCACCAAGUCAGUCAGCAAGCCAUGGCCAUGGCAAACGCUGCCUCCACUGGCCAGCAGGGACAACAGACCGCCACACCUGCAGCAAACACUGGCUCCAGCUCCACCCCACCACCCAUGCCCACGUACCCCCCUCAGGCCAGAGUGGUUUUCACCAGACCCUCUUUUACUCAUAGGAUGGCCACCCCGACUUUUGCCACAAGGGGAGCUACUAUCAACCUCAGAGCAGCUGUUCCUCCAAUGAUGGGCCAACAGCCCGGACAGAUGCCACAGGGUGGACACAUCCCUCCGGCUGCUCUUAAUCAGAUGAUUGGUGGACUGGUUGGCCAGCUUCUCACUGGGGCCACAGGACAGAUGGCCAGCCAAACCACCACAUCAUCUUCACACACUUUCACCUCCUCCACGGUCUCAUCCUCCUCCUCGUCUACAAGCACUACGACCAGCACGAGUGCAUCUGGACCCACGCAGUCUAGCACCACCAGCACUCCCCAACCUGGAUCUGCACCCAGUCCUCCUCGGGAAGCACCUUCAGCGGGAAACCUGGAGCAGUUGUUGGGGUCCCUUCUGGGUGGAGCGGUUGCUUCAGGCGGUCAGGGACCUUCUAUAACAGUCACGAUGCCCGGGGUUCCUACCUUCAUUCAGGGGGUCACAGACUUCAUUCAGGCUUCCCAACCGAUUUUCUCCCAGCCUCCAGCAUCGGGACAGCCUCCCGCCUCGGCCCCCACUGCUCCCCCAAAUGCUCCCUCUGCUCCUGGAGCCGCCGCGACUGCAGAGGGGCUGAACCCGGAGCUCUUCACUGGGAUAGUGCAGGGAGUCCUGUCCACCAUGAUGGGAUCUCUUGGUACCCCUCAAAACGAAACCGAGAGCAUCGCUCAGUUUAUCCAGAGGCUCUCCCAGACUAGUAACAUCUUUACCCCUGGAUCUGGAGACGCUAUGGGUUUCUUUGGUGAUCUUCUGGCUUUGGUGUGUCAGAACUUCUCCAUGGUGGAUAUGGUGUUGUUGCUUCAUGGGCAGCACCAGCCAUUGGGCCGCAUCCAACCCCAGCUCGCCCAGUUCUUCACCGAGCACUUCCUGCAAGGCCGUGAACCUACAGAAGCGAAUAUUACAGCAGCUGCUGAUGACCUUAUCACCGAACUCGAGGAAUACAUUACAGAAAGUUUUUCAACAGUGGCAGUGCGUGAUGGGGUUGAUAUCGUCCAGACAAAUCGGUUCUUUCUCAGACAGCAGCUCACAGGCAUCGCCACCCACAUACUUAACUGCACAGAUCAGACGUUUGGCCCUCGGCUCUUACAGCUAUGUAAUCGUGCUCUUUUUGAGUGUCUGGCACUCAAUCUCUACUGUCUGAAUGGAGAACAAAACGCUCUUACUGCCGUCAUCAACCACCGCAUCAGGACGAUGUCAGCGGAGGUCAAUCCUAGUCUGGUGAACUGGUUAACUAGUAUGAUGACCAUGAGGCUGCAAGUGAUACUGGAGCACAUUCCCAUCACAGAGGAACAGAUCACCCAUUACAUCAUCCACACACAGGGUGAAGAAAUGGCAGAUAGGCCCCCACAGGAGCCCGAGCCUCAAAAUGUGGAGAUGGGGGACAGCCUUUCUCCAACACCUGCUACCACAGCAGAGGAAGCUCUGGCCACCUCCCAAGAAGCAGGAGCAGUGGGAGGUCCAGCUAGGGAGGCACAAGGAGCCGUUGGAGGGGAGGAGCCAGGGAGAGAUGCAGAAGCCUGGGCAGCAGCGUUACCUCCUGAGUGGGUUCCCAUUAUCAGACAAGAUCAGAUCAGUCAGAGGAAGAUGAAGGCCCAGCCUCCUCUCUCAGACGCAUAUCUGCACGGGAUGCCGGCAAAACGCAGAAAGAUGGUAAAAAGCGAUGGGCCCAGGCUGUCUCUCUCCGACGCAGUAAGUCAAGCUGCCAGGUCAGCCGGUGUAACGCCCAUCACAUCCCCCAACAUCCUGCAGGAUGAGUUGGAGACACCUGAGCUUCAAGAAGCAUACGGUGAACAGCUAAAAAAUGACAUCAAGAAGCGAGUCAAGGAAGACCCCGACUACAAUUCUAGACGGUUUCCUAACACACAUCAAUUCUUCUCUCCGGACUCAUAACUUCCUACCAGUUUACAUCACCUAAGCUCUGUUCUUAUUGUAGGCCGUGUUUUAUUUGUGGGAUUUCCACACGAGUCGUCAGAUGGCUUCACGUUUCUAUAGAAACCUUUUUAUCGAACUAUAAAUCUUUGGAUAGAUCAGCGUAUUGUUCUGUGCAGAUAAUGCAGGGCUGGCAGUGAUGCAUGCAGGUGCACCGAAGAGCUGGUAAACGUGUCGUCAGCUGGCACAAGUUGCCUGCAUGCUGUUCCUAAAACUCUGUUUUAUGAUUCAGUCCAGUGAGAAACAGUAUUGUAACUGAAUCCAGUGAAGUGACCAGAUGGGAACAGAAAGCACGGAAAUGAUAAUAUAGGUGCAUUACUGCAAUAAAUAAUUAUGUGGCUGUUUGAAGUUCAUACAUAUAUGUUUUGCUUUGACUUUCAUCUCUCCUAUGCCUCUGCUAUACCUUUAUGACACAUUGCUAAAAAGAAAAAAAAAACAGUGUAAUAUGGAACAAAAGAUGUGUGAUGUGGUUCUAAAAAGAUUGGUGUAGUGUGGAACAAUGAAUGUAAAACACCUGAUAUUAAACAACUUCAGUUGUUUACGGCA